AGCACCGGGCGUGCCGGUGCGCAAGAAUAGAACCCCGUUCCGGCCUCUUCCCCAAUUCCGAACCUCCCUCGCUGCUUUGGGCGAACAGGCGAAGGCGCCUCCGCUCGCCCCCUCCCAAAACCCCGACAUGGGAAACAAGAAGAAGCCGAAGCCGAGCAGGAACAAGAAGAAGCCCAAAACCAGCGCCGACCAGGCUCUGGCCCUAGACUACGUCCGCGCCUGGGCGCACCCCGCGCCGCCGCCACCAGAACCCUCGGCGGCCGACGCCGACGACUUCCUGCCGAUCCUGGCUACGCGCGGCGGCGACGUGCUGUUUGAGCUCCACUCCCACUCAAACCACAGCGACGGAUUCCUCUCCCCUUCCGCGCUCGUCGAGCGCGCCCAUCGCAAUGGGGUGAAAGUUCUCGCCCUAACAGAUCAUGACACCAUGGCUGGCAUACCAGAAGCUGUGUCAGCAGCUUCCAAGUUUGGCAUUAGAAUAAUUCCUGGUGUUGAAAUCAGUGCACUAUAUAAUCCAAGGGAAGUUGCUGGUGCUGGUGAGACUGUUCAUAUCCUUGCAUACUAUGGUAUGUGUGGUCCGUCAAGACCUGAUGAGUUGGACAGCAUGCUAUUGAACAUUAGAGAUGGGCGAUACUUACGCGCAAAGAACAUGCUGCAAAAGCUAACUACACUGAAGGUGCCAAUAAAGUGGGAGCAUGUGACUAAAAUUGCUGGUGACGGAGUGGCACCUGGCCGAUUGCAUAUAGCAAGGGCUAUGGUUGAAGCGGGUUAUGUAGAGAAUAUAAGGCAAGCAUUCAACAAAUACCUCGGUGAUGAUGGCCCUGCAUAUGCCAGAGGAAGUGAACCAUUUGCUGAGACUGUCGUGCAGUUAAUUAGUCGCACUGGGGGUAUUUCUGCACUUGCUCAUCCUUGGUCAUUGAAGAACCCAGAUGCAAUAAUCAGGUCUUUAAAAGGUGCUGGUCUUAAUUGUAUGGAGGUCUACAGAAGUGACGGAAAAGUUGAUGGAUUUAGUGAAUUAGCAGAGAAGUAUGGACUUCUGAAACUUGGAGGUUCAGAUUUCCAUGGAAGAGGUGGAAAAGAUGAAUCUGACGUUGGAACGGUUAAGCUCGCUAUUACAACUUUGUGCUGCUUUUUGAAGAUGGCUAGGUCUAUCUGGUCUUCUGCUAUGAAAGACAUCCUGCUUAAGUUUGCAGAGGAACCAUCUGCUGCAAAUCUAGGAAACAUGCUUAAGUUUGGACGACUUACCAAUUUUUCUGGUUUUUCUCCAAUAAACAAUGGUAUUCACGUUGUUGAUUUCUGCUUAUCUUCAUGGUCUUCUGCUAUGGAAGAUGUUGAGCUUGAAGAGGUAAGAUUGAAGCUUGCCCAUUAUGUAGCAGAAAGAUAACCUCAACUACAUGGCCAUCUUGAGCAAUGUUUUCUCCCUUAUUCAAUCACAGCAUGUGCUGCUGUAAUGUUUCACUUCUUUUGCAGCCCAAUAUAACUAAUGUAUUUGUUCAUUAGGUGAGGGCAUUGUUGAAUUAGAUAUACUGAAUCUGGUAGUCUUUGACAUUUUAUUCAAGAAUGUAUAUUUCUCUACUAUGAUAAUUGAAAUGUGCAACAUUGAAAUGACAUGCAUAGAAUCAGAGCACAUCAGCAUAUUAAUAUACUGUUUCUUAAA